AGUCCAUUUUAAACGGAGGGGUGAGGUAGUUGGUAUCUACGCCAAACAGUUGAAAGAAACCUUUAUGAAAGUAAAAUCCAGUGUUUCGAGUGAAUUAUCACUGAUAUCGUGUGAAAAACGGGUGAUUUCUUGUAAAAAACAAUCGGUGAACGCCACAUUUUCGCCGUAUAAAACCAAAAUAAAGCCGUUUGCAUCGCUGUUGUAGCAACUAGGCAGUGUGACCAACAGGGCGGCCGAAAAUUCCACUGCGUUUGGAACAAUGUGAAAAGAGUUGUGUUGUACGUAAAUAAAUUGUUUUUUACGCGUAACAUGUGCAAAAUUUUAAAACAAUUGACGUGGAGUGUUAAAAACCUAGUGGUUGGUUGAAUUUGAAAGGUUUUUGUUUGACUGACGACCGAAUUCCCGCGACAAUGGAGCUUGGUGACCGUGUUUACGCCGCCGAACGUAUUAUGAAAAAACGGGUUCGAAGAGGCGUCGUUGAAUACUACGUAAAGUGGAAAGGCUGGAGCCAAAAACACAACACCUGGGAACCGGAAGAAAACAUCCUCGACGGGCGAUUGAUCGAGCUGUACGAAAAAAGCCAGAAAAGUGAUGGGCCGCACAAAAGGGGCCCGAAGAAGAAAGAACGGCCCGCAGCGCCAGCGGCGCACGUGGAAACCGAGGACGAGAGCCAAAAGAGCGGCGAAGAGAGCCAAGACGAGGGGCCGCCGCCUCUGAAACCGGGCAAAAGGGAAAAAUCCCCGAAGGAGGACGAGGACGCACGAGCCGGUUCGGAGGAGAAGACCUCGGGGGACAACGACAACUCGAACAGCUCGAGCAGCGAGGACAGGAGACCUUUGCUGUCGAGGAUAGACGUGGCGGGGACCAAGCGGAAGGCCGAGGUACUGUCGAAGGAGAGCGGAAAAAUCGGGGUAACUAUCACGACCAGUAGUCCUACUAGCUCCAGUCCGCCGCCUGCAAAGACCCCGAAAGUGUCCAAAUCGGCCGCACCGAGCCGGGUGAACGGCCGACAAAAAGCGGAAGAGGACACGACCUCGUCGACGAUCCCGUCGGCCUCGAGCCCCGCCGUGCUGACGGCGACGGCGGCGCGCACCAGCGCCGACAAGCGGCCGCCGCCGUCGACGGACGCGACGUUGCCGCACUCGUCGGUCAAGGAGCCGGCGUCGCCGAAGCCGGUGGCCUCGCGCACCGACGAGAAGCGCGCCGACAAGGCGAAAGCGGCCGCCGAGGCGAAGCAGGCCGACAAGCCGCCCGUCAACGGGCACCACAACAACAACGUACCUGCCGCGGUCACGAGCCCGGGCUCGGAGUACUGGAUCGCGCGGAACCCCGUCGCCGACCAGGUCUUCAUCACCGACGUCACCGUCAACCUCAAGACGGUCACCAUCCGCGAGUGCAAGACGGAGAAGGGCUUCUUCAAAGACAGAGACAACGGCCAUUCGAACGAUGUGGUUUGACUGUCCAAGAGUGCGCGUAGUGCGGGUGAACGUACAGGGUAGCUCGGAAGCUGGAGCGAUUUUUUUGGUGAUUCUUUUUCAAAAAAAAAAGUGUUUUCUUUGGGAAAUGGCCAAAAUAAAUUAUUUUGGGACAGUGUUUUUUUAUUUUAAUCAAUGACUUCAAUAACUACCCGGACAACAUUCGUGAUAUUCUUACGAACAUCAUGUCGUGAUUUUCACAAAUUUUAUUCGUACUGAUAUCAUAGGAAGUCACUGCGUGAGAAAUGAAAAUCAUAUCGUGAUUUUUUAUGCCAUCGCUGUUUGCGAUUGACCGAUGGCCUAAAAAAUCAUGUCGUGAUUUUUUAUGUCAACGGUGUUUGGAUAAUCAUUUUUGCGCCACGUUCGUAUACUAAGAGAAAAAUUAUGUUGAAUCAACAGUUUUUGCGGUUAAUUACAUUUAAUAUUUUCUUGGAUUUAAAUUAACUAUAUAUAGUUAAUUUAAAUCCAAGAAAAUAUUGAAUGUAUUUAACCACAAAAACUGUUGAUUCAAUAUAUAUGUGGGUAUACUUUUUCUCUGCGAAUGUGGCGCAAAAAUAAAUAUCCAAACACCGAUGACAUAAAAAAUCACGACAUGAUUUUUUAGGCUAUCGGUGUUUGGGCAUAAAAAAUUUUUUUUAUGCCAUCGGUGCACCGACAUGUUUGGAUAUUUAUUUUUGCGCCAAAUUCGUACAUUGAAAGAAAAAGUAUGUUAACAAUUGAAUUAACAGUUUUUGCGGUUAAAUACAUUUAAUAUUUUCUUGGAUGUAAAUUAACUAUUCAUUUAAAUCCACAAAAAUAUUGAAUGUAUUUAACCACAAAAACUGUUGAUUCAAUAUCCAUAUAUGUAGGUAUACUUUUUCUCUCAAUGUACGACUGUGGCGCAAAAAUAAAUAUCCAAACACCGAUGGCAUACAAAAUCACGACAUGAUUUUUUAUUCCAUCAGUGUUUGGUUAUAAAAAAUCACGACAUGAUUUUUUAUGCCAUCGGUGUUUGGAUAUUCAUUUUUGCGAAACAUUUGUACAUUUAAAGAAAUAGUAUGUUAACAAUUGAAUCAACAGUUUAACAUUCAAUAUUUUCUUGGCUUUAAAUUAACUAUAUAUAGUUAAUUUAAAUCCAAGAAAAUAUUCGCAAAUAUCACACCGUGAGUUAUACAUGAUAUCACUGUGAUGAAGCAUGUGUAUGCACUCAGCGUAAUAAAAAAAAAUCACGUUGUGAUAUCAUCAUGACUUCACCAGGAAAUCCCGAUUGUUGUCCGGGUACAAAACAGGAAAAUACUAUUUCUUAAAGAUUGCGGUUAAAUGCAAAAAUACGUAUAGAAUUAAUUCUUUUUUACAGAUUUUUUAUAUAAGCUUAUAUAAAAAAUCUCGGGUGAAAUUCACUGCGCGUCAAAAUUAACGCAUAAAAACUCUAAAACGCCUUUACCAAUAUUUAUGAAAUUUUGUAUAAAAAUACUUACAUCUCAGUUAACGUUUUCAAUGGUUUUUCGAGAAAAUAUUUGUAAAGCCCUUUCAUUUAAUAAUAAAAAAACGUUUUAAAAAUAACUUUUAGGGAUUUUUUUAAGUAAAUAAAAAAUAUGCUGUUAAACACCGUAUUUUUGUUUGUAUACCAUGAAAAUUUUGUACAAAUCAAACGAACAGUAACGAAGAUACAUCGCUUCAAAGUCGGUAAAAACGACCCCCUUUCGAUUAUUUUGCUGAAAAAGUGGUCAAUUUUGACGACUUUGAAGCGCAGUAUUUUCGUCACUGUUCGUUUGAUUCGUACAUUUUCAGGGUAUACUAACAAAAAUACGGUCUUUCACAGCAUAUUUUUUAUUUUCUUAAAAAAAUUCCCUAUAUAAGUUUUUUUUGAGCGUUUUUUAUUAUUAAAUAAAAAGGCUUUAAGAAUAUUUUCCAGAAAAACCCUUAAACAUGUAAACUGAGAUAUAAGUUGAAGUAUUUUUAUCCAAAAUUUUAUAAUUAUAAACAUUUGUAAAGGCGUUUUAGAGUUGGAUUUUUUACUUGCUACGCGUUAAUUUUGACGUUAACAUUAUUUUUAUAAUUAAAUAUCGUCGAUUCUAACCUUGAAAUUUAAAUUUUUAUUAAACUUAUAAUAAAGAUUGAAAUUUAGAAAUUCUUAGACUCGUCAAUAUUAAGUGAUAAAAAUUUAUUUUGUAUGCAGUGUUUAAAAUUUUCGAAAAAAACAAAAAAUUUAGAAAAUUUUCCGAGCCUUUAAAACAUGACAAGCAUUUUAAACGGAGAAAAUGAAAAAUUUACAGAAUAAUUGUAUUUAGCACAAUUUAAUUUAAUUUUCUGUAUGAAAUGCUUUUCUGCAAGGUCCGGAAAAAUGGAUUUUAAAAAAGUUAUAAACCAAGUUUCUACUCAUUUUUUAUUUGAGCUUUCGUUUUCAGAUUAUCGAUCUUCUUUUGUUUUUACACAAACCUUUUUAUCUCCGCUAUUUAUGGUCGUAUUUUGGAAUUGUCUUUUUAAAAUCCAGAAAAAUAUCGACCAACAAAAAUAAAGAGGUUUAUAUAAAAACAAAAGAAGGUCGAUAAUUCAAAAACAGAAGCUCAAAUAAAAAAUAUUUGUUUAAAAGUCUUAAUAAGCCUUUAAAACAUGACAAGCAUUUUAAACGGAGAAUUUGCAGAAAAAUUGAAUUUAGCACAUUUUUUAAUUUUCUGUAUAAAAUGCUUUUCUGCAAGGUAUGGAAAAAAUAUUUUUUUUUGAAAAAUUGGAUUUUAAAAAAGUUAUAAACCAAGUUUCUACUCAUUUUUUAUUUGAACUUUCAGUUUAUCGACCUUCUUUUGUUUUUACAUAUACCUUUUAUCUCCGCUGUUUAUGGUCGUAUUUUGGAAUUGUCUAUUUAAUUUCCUCAAAAAUAUCGUCCAACAAAAAUAAAGAGGUUUAUAUAAAAACAAAAGAAGGUCCAUAAUUCAAAAACAGAAGCUCAAAUAAAAAAUAUUUAAAAAAGUCUUGAUUAGCGUUUAAAAGCGUCGAACAAAAAAAAACAAAAAAGUAUAGUAAAGAGUAUAUUAAACUGCUUUUUUUGUUUUUUCUCGGGCCGGAAAAAUUGUCUUUGUUUUGGGAAAAAUUGAUUUUUUUUAUAUUUAAAAAUACAAAUAUUUCAUUAUAAAAACAUUUUUUAAGAUAUUUGUUUUUUGACAUAAAUUUUUUCGAAUCUUGCAGAAAAUAUUUUUUACUGCAAGCCCUUUAAACGAAAAAAUUGGUAAAUUUGCGUAAAAAUUAACUUUUGCAUAUUUUUCGUAUUUGUAGUAUUUUUAGCAGGGAUAAUAUGAAACAUUUUUUCUAAAUAUUCGGAAAUUUUUUUACAAUUCGUACUACAGAUAAUACGGAGACAAUUUUUUUGAAAAUUUUAAUAUUGCAGUCUACAACCUCUAUUUGAGUUUGAAUAGAAACACCUUGUGUAGGGUUUUCAAAAAGAGUACAUUUUGAGCCAUUUCCAGUUUAAAUUAACACUUUAUUCGAAAAACUAAUCAUUCUUAAAAAAAAACGAAACAUUUAUUUUUGUCGAGAAUCUGUUGUACAGUGGUGGACUGGCGGUGCUAAAUUAUUAUGUGGGUACUUUUCGCUCAAAAAUAUAAACUAACGUGACAAAUUUAACCAAAAAUAUUUUUGUACAUUCUAGUCUUUAAUAAGAUUUCAACCAAAAUUUGGCGCCCUUAAUUUUUUACUGCCCUACAAUCCAUUAUAAGUUUACAUUCAACAUGCAAAUUUACAAUGGAUAAUUUUAUUUUAUUAAUAAAUAUUUAACAUCACCCAUAACUUGUAUAAACAACAUACAGUAUUAUACAUAAUUUAAUUAUGCAUUGUUAUAUAAUUUAUAUUAUAGAGAAGUACCCACGCCUUCGAAAAUCACUUUUAUGUUUAAAACCCAUUCCAUUGAACAUGAUCCAUUAUUGUUUGAUGCAUUACUUUAAUUAUUUUGUACCUCCUAUUAUUAGACCUUAUUGUUGAUUACUUAUUUAUUACGUAACUAAUUUAUUUUUUAUUAAAAUUAUGGCGACUUUUUUUUUACCUUAAUUUGUACAUACUUUUUUAAUUAUGUAAAUGCUAAAUUCCCCAUCGAAAAUAAAUAUUUUUGUUAAUGCUUGGGGCGUUUAUUUUAAGCUGUAAACUUGUAUAUAGACUGUAAAUUAAUUUAAAUUUAAAGAUUGUUUUUUGUUAAUGUUAAGGUAUUUUUGAAAUAAAAAAGUAGAUAAAG